UUAGGCGUUCGCGGCGCUCGCAGCGGUGUAUUGUGGGAGGCCGCCGCCGCCAGCAGCGAGCACACACACACACAAUAUGUGGUGGCUCGCGAAAACGGGAGGCAGGAGCCUGGCGGCCAGCCCGCGCCGGUAACCGGCCCCAUGUGAGACGGGAGCUCGCCUUUCGCCGCCCGGAGACGAUCGGCCGCCGAGCGCGAUGUCUUUCCGAGAGAUCAAGGCGGGGGAAAAAGCCAAGCACCCUGAAGACCAUGGCAAAAAGCAGAGUUCAAGUUGGAUCAACGGAAUGGAGAACAGCACGCAAGCCAGCACUUCUGUCGAGAAAAGAAAUCACCAUUGGAGAAGUUACAAGUUGAUAAUUGACCCGGCUCUGAAAAAAGGACAGCACAAACUCUACCGUUACGAUGGGCAACAUUUCAGCAUGCCUAACUCGGGAAUCGCUCCUGUGGAUUGUGUCAGGGAUCCCAGAAUAGGGCGAAUAUGGACCAAAACUAAGGAGUUGGAGCUGUCUGUCCCCAAAUUCAAGAUUGAUGAAUUUUACGUGGGGCCAGUGCCUCCCAAGCAGGUCACUUUUGCCAAGCUGAAUGACAACAUCCGUGAAAACUUUUUGACCGACAUGUGCAAGAAGUAUGGUGAAGUGGAAGAGGUGGAGAUUCUCUACAACCCCAAGAACAAGAAGCACCUGGGCAUCGCCAAAGUCAUUUUUGCCACUGUCAAGGGUGCCCGGGAGGCUGUCCAGCACCUUCACAACACCUCUGUCAUGGGCAACAUCAUCCACGUGGAGCUGGAUACAAAAGGUGAGACCCGCAUGAGAUUCUAUGAGCUGCUCGUUAAUGGUCUUUACACUCCUCAGACCCUUCCUGUGGGCACUGAACAGGAUGUAUCACCAACUGUCAAUGAAACUCUCCAGCUGACAGAUUCCCUGAAGCGUUUGAAAGACAGCAACCUUUCCUCUGCUGGAUCAUCUGUUACCCCCAACAGCAGCACACCCUUUUCCCAUGACACAGCCUAUUCCAGCUGUCGGCAAGACACCCCAAACUCCUACAGCCAAUUUACCCCGCAGUCCCAAGGAACACCUCACACCCCACGGUUAGGGACGCCGUUUUCCCAGGAUUCCACCUAUUCUAGUCGUCAGACAACCCCCGUGUACCAUUUUGGACAGGACAGUGGGUACAAAUCCAGGAGACAUGACACAAAAUUUACAGAUGCUUACAACCGUCGCCCAGGACAUCACUAUGUUCAUAACUCAGCUGGUGUUUACCGAGGGACGGAGCAUCAGUUUAGUACCUUCAAAUCCCAUCAGCAAGAGCCAGUUCAGUUCUCAAUCACUCCUCCCCUGAGCCACUCUAGUUCUUCAAGCUAUAAAUCUGCCUUCUCUCCCUACCAAGCACCAGCUGUUUUUCCCCAAUCUGAUGAGCAGCAGUUUCCCCAGACUUCCAGGGAAACGGAGUACCGAAGACCUGCGCCUCCUCCCGCUGAGAUGGUCGUGGAAAGCAGUGCUGCCACCAACAUUGAUUUUGUCCCAGUGAAGGAGAAACAGGAGGAGCCUCCUCCCUUGCCUGAUUCAAACUCUGCUCCUGAACCGAGCACAGCAUCCUUCUCUCAGACCCCAGAGAGAAGUGAGACCCCUGGCACCCCCACCAUGGAGUCUGAAAUGCAGCAUAACAGUUUAGACUCAAGGAUUGAGAUGCUCCUAAAAGAGCAGAGAACAAAGUUACCCUUUCUUAACGAGCACGACUCGGAUAACGAGGUCCGAAUGGAAGGUAGCCCUAUCUCCUCUUCUUCUUCCCAGCUCUCUCCCAUCCCAAUGUACGGUUCAAACUCUCAGCCUGGUUACAGAGGUCAGACUCCUUCCUCACGCCCUUCCAGCACAGGCUUGGAGGACAUCAGUCCAACACCGUUACCUGACUCUGAUGACGACGAGCCCAUCCCUGGGACAGCUUCUCUGAGUCAGAAUUCCAGGGGGACAUCAGAGGCCAGCAUGACUCCCAUUGAUCAGCUGAGCCGGACCUCCAAAAUUGAGACCUUGGAGGCUAAAGAAAUGGUGCCUGGUGACCAGACUCCAACUUCAGAAAAAAUGGACGAGGGUCAGCAUUCUUCGGGAGAGGACAUGGAAAUCUCUGACGACGAGACCAACCCUGCGCCCAUCACCAGUGCGGAAUGUGCCAAAACCAUUGUGGUGAACUCCUCUGUCAGCAACUCGGCCGUGAUGGCCCCAUCGAUCCCCCCCUUGCCACCACCAGGAUUCCCUCCUCUUCCUCCUCCACCCCCUCCACAGCCAGCCUUUCCCAUGCCUCCUCCGCUACCUCCUCCACCUCCACCCACUCACCCCGCUGUCACUGUCCCCCCACCUCCUCUCCCCGCCCCCCCAGGGGUCCCUCCACCUCAUAUCUUACCUCCUCUUCCUCCGUUCCACCCUGGCAUGUUCCCUGUCAUGCAAGUGGAUAUGAUAAGUGUCUUGGGCAACCAGUGGGGUGGCAUGCCAAUGUCCUUCCAGAUGCAAACUCAGAUGCUGAGCCGCAUGAUGCAGGCACAGAACACCUACCAGUAUCCUCCUUUCGUGACGGGACGGAUGCAGUUUGUGAAUCUCCCACCCUACCGCCCUUUCUCCAUGGGAGCAGCUCUUGGUCGUGGACAGCAGUGGCCACCACUGCCCAAGUUUGACCCCUCGGUUCCACCUCCUGGUUAUGAGCCUAAGAAAGAAGAUCCCCAUAAAGCUACUGUGGAUGGAGUCCUCUUGGUCAUAGUGAAGGAACUCAAGGCCAUCAUGAAAAGGGACCUGAACCGGAAGAUGGUGGAAGUGGUGGCGUUCCGGGCAUUCGAUGACUGGUGGGACAAGAAGGAACGUCUGGCUAAGGCAUCUCUCACUCCAGUGAAAUCUGGAGGAGAAGUGGAGGACAAACCAAAGCCAAAGGAUCGAAUCACAUCUUGUCUUUUGGAGAACUGGAACAAAGGAGAAGGCCUGGGAUAUGAGGGAAUUGGCUUGGGCAUCGGGUUACGAGGGGCCAUCCGGUUGCCAUCCUUCAAGGUGAAAAGAAAGGAGCCACCUGAAGCUGCCUCAGCAGGAGAUCAGAAGAGAAUCCGGCCUUCUACCUCUGUGGAUGAUGAAGAUGAAGAGUCGGAGAGGGACAGGGAUGCUUCUGAUACAACAUCUGACCUCUCAAAGAAGGAUGCAGAAGCAGUGGGGCUGAGGCGGCGACCAGCAAGGCCGCUGGAACUCGACAGUGAGGGAGAAGAGGGAGAUGAGACAUCAGGUAAAGAGGAAGAGUCCUCCUCAGAGAAGGAAGAGGAGCAGGAAGAAGAGCGAGGCUUGGUGAAGGCAGCACCUGGCAAGGAGGAAGAGGAGGAUGAAGAUGAAGAUGAGGAGGAUGAGGAGGAUGAAGAUGAUGAGGAAGAUGAAGAUGAUGAGGAAGAGGAGACAGGCAUAGACACAAGUGACAAAGAGGAGGAGCAGGACUCUGAAGAAGAUAUAGCAAGUCCCUCAUCUUCCAAGGCUGAAGUUGAAUCAUCCGAUGAAAGUGAGGACUCCUCUGAAUUUGAGUCAAGUUCAGACUCAGAUGAUGAAGAUGAGGAUGAUGAUGAUGAUGAUGAUGAAGAGGAGGAGGAGGAAGAGGAGGAGGAGGAGGAGGAAGAGGAAGAAGAGGUGGCUGAAGUUCCAGACAGAGAGGCUAUGGUUGCUGAGACAGAGCAUGAACCUGCUGGUAAUGAGCUUCCUGAUGAUGAGAGGGAGACUAUUUUGGAGCUGUAUCCUGUGGAUGACUACAUGGAUGCAACAGGCUUGGCACUCACAGAGCCAGCUUUGGCAGUGAAAGAUGAAGGCAUGGAAGAAAUCAAAGCAGGGGAAGCUGAAUGUGGUGAAGUCCCAGAAGCAUCUAUUGCUGCUGAAACACUCAAACACUUGGUUAUGGAAAGAGACCAGGAGGCAAAACUUGCUCUCUCUCCCAUCUGUAGGCCAGAGGAAGAGCCCGAACCCGUUGCCAUGCUGGAGCCCGAGGUACAGGAGGAUCUAAAGCCUGAAGCUCAAGGUGAGGAGGAGGCACUCUGUCUCUCAGCUCCAGUGGGAGUUUCUGGAGAACCUCUGCUCAACAAAAGCAGCUUCUUUUCCAAGUCUGAGGACAGCAGCUCAGAAGCUUGUGUUAAAACAAAACUGCCCUCAGCAGCCGAGGAAGACGAGCGGCUGCCUCGCACGCCUGGCCGGGAGGUGGUGAUCCAGUCAGAGACUGACACUCUUUUGCUUCCAGCUCACAAGGUGCCAUCCUCCAUGCUUCCCUUACCAUUAACUCCUGGGAAAGAAGAAUCUUUAAUCCCUCCAGAAAAGUUCCCUGAACAGUUAAUGGUGACCAAAACAUCCGUGGAAGGGGAGAUUCCUAGGACUCCUGGGCGGGACAUUUUGGCCAAGUCUUCACAUCCCCUUGUAAAAUCACAGAGCACAGACACUGUUCCAGCCACGCCAGGAAGCGAUGCACCCCUUACAGGGAGCAGCUUGACCCUCAGUUCCCCUCAAGUCCCAGGCAGCCCCUUUUCCUACCCAUCCCAAUCUCCUGGCAUUAACAGUGGCAUUCCUCGGACUCCUGGGAGAGAUUUCAAUUUCACGCCUACUUUUCCAGAGGCUGGUGCUACCAUUCCUUGCCUUCUGUCUGGCAAGAAACAGUCAGAGGAUGAGCUAGAUGAGAAACCCUUUAAAGAGCCUCUUGGUGCUUCCCAUACGCUCAGCAUGAACAGUGUUCCUUCCCCUAUCCCCUUUGCCAGCCCCCCACAAGCAGAUUUCCACACUGAUAUGGGUUUGCCACCUGAUGAGCCAAUACCUGUAGCAGCCCUGUCAUGCAUGCACAGCGAUGGAAGAGCACCCAUCGAGGAAUGCAGGGCAGAAGUAAAAUCUGUUUUGCUCUCUCCAGAAGUACCCACUGGUGCUUCUAUUCUUCCUCCCCCACCACCACCUUCUGUUCUUCCCAAAAGGAGGCCAGGACGGCCAAAACGGUCACCACCUUCUGUCCUCUCAUUGGAUGUGUACUCGGGCAAAACCAUAGAACCUCCUCCUGUGCCAGUGGCCUUGGUGGAAAGUGCUGUGGGCAAAGAGCUUUUGAGUGGGCAUCCUGAUGCUUUCUAUGGACUGAAAGACCCUGAAGCUGUCACCUUGGACUUCAGGAAUGACGGUUUCCACGAGAAAAUAGCCACUGAGACAGUUGCAGAGAAACUGCCAUUUAAGGAACUGGAGAACCAGUGGAAUGAAGACUUCAAGGAAGACGAAGCUCACGUGAAACCUAAAAGACAGUGGCGAAGGCAGAAGAAGACAGCAGAGGACCUCCCAGUGAUCCCUUCCCCUGAGUAUUCCCCACCCCGGCCUCAGUUCAGGCCACGCUCCGAGUUUGAGGAGAUGACCAUUUUGUAUGAUAUUUGGAAUGGAGGCAUAGAUGAGGAAGAUAUCAAGUUCAUGUGUAUCACAUACGACCGCUUGUUGCAGCAGGACAAUGGUAUGGACUGGCUCAAUGACACCCUCUGGGUAUUCCAUCCUUCUACCAGCUUUUCUACCCCCAAGAAGAAGAAGCGUGACGAUGGGAUGCGGGAGCACGUGACGGGCUGCGCACGAAGCGAAGGCUAUUACAAAAUUGACAAGAAGGACAAACUGAAAUACCUCAACAAUAGCCGAGCUUUUGCAGAGGAGCCUCCAGCUGACACCCAGGGUAUGAGCAUCCCUGCCCAACCUCACGCUUCCACCCGGGCUGGCUCCGAGAGGCGGUCAGAGCAACGCAGGCUCCUCUCCUCCUUCACUGGUAGCUGUGACAGUGACCUGCUCAAGUUCAACCAGCUCAAGUUCCGGAAGAAAAAACUAAAAUUCUGCAAGAGCCACAUUCACGACUGGGGCCUUUUUGCAAUGGAGCCCAUUGCAGCUGAUGAGAUGGUGAUUGAGUACGUGGGUCAGAACAUCAGGCAGGUCAUUGCUGACAUGCGUGAGAAGCGAUACGAGGACGAAGGCAUCGGGAGCAGUUACAUGUUCAGGGUGGAUCACGACACCAUCAUCGAUGCCACCAAAUGUGGAAACUUUGCCAGGUUCAUUAAUCACAGCUGCAAUCCAAAUUGUUAUGCUAAAGUGAUCACAGUGGAGUCUCAAAAGAAAAUCGUCAUCUACUCCAAACAGCACAUCAAUGUGAAUGAGGAAAUUACAUAUGACUACAAGUUUCCAAUUGAGGAUGUAAAAAUCCCAUGUCUGUGUGGCUCUGAGAACUGCAGGGGAACCCUGAACUGAACUCGAGGUUUCUCAUCACAUUUGCACCUUCGGCCAUGUCAGAACUGUGGUAACCAGCUGUGGUUGCACUUUGCCAAAAAAAAAAAAAAAAAAAAAAAAGGAAAAAAAAAAACCAGGAAAAAAAAAAAGGAAGAAAAAAAUUUUUAAAAAGGAAAAAAAAAUCUAU